AUGAACUUAGAACCUCUCCACUCCAUGGAUUCCAGAAUAGAGACAAGCAAGCCAUGCAGUCGGGGGGAGGAGGGAGGCCAAGCGAGUAGCAGACGGAGUCUCGAGACCGAAGCCGGAGCGGGAUCCACAGAGCGCAGCCCGCCCGCGCACCCGAAGCUGACGGGCCGCCUCAUGCUGGCCGUGGGAGGGGCAGUGCUCGGCUCCCUGCAGUUUGGCUACAACACUGGAGUCAUCAACGCUCCCCAGAAGGUGAUUGAAGAGUUCUACAACCAGACGUGGAUCCAGCGCUAUGGGGACCCCAUCCCGCCCACCACGCUGACCACACUCUGGUCCCUGUCCGUGGCCAUCUUCUCAGUGGGAGGCAUGAUUGGUUCCUUCUCCGUGGGCCUUUUUGUUAACCGUUUUGGCCGGCGGAAUUCAAUGCUGAUGAUGAACCUGCUGGCCUUCGUGUCUGCUGUACUCAUGGGCUUCUCAAAACUGGGCAAGUCCUUUGAGAUGCUGAUCCUGGGUCGCUUCAUCAUUGGUGUGUACUGCGGCCUGACCACUGGCUUUGUGCCCAUGUACGUGGGGGAAGUGUCCCCCACGGAGCUUCGAGGGGCCCUGGGCACACUGCACCAGCUGGGCAUCGUCGUCGGCAUCCUCAUCGCCCAGGUGUUCGGCCUGGACUCCAUCAUGGGCAACCAGGAUCUGUGGCCCCUGCUGCUGAGCGUCAUCUUCAUCCCGGCCCUGCUGCAGUGCGUCCUGCUGCCCUUCUGCCCCGAGAGCCCCCGCUUCCUGCUCAUUAACCGCAACGAGGAGAACCGGGCCAAGAGCGUGCUGAAGAAGCUGCGUGGGACCGCGGAUGUGACCCGCGACCUGCAGGAGAUGAAGGAGGAGAGCCGGCAGAUGAUGCGGGAGAAGAAGGUCACCAUCCUGGAGCUGUUCCGCUCGGCAGCCUACCGCCAGCCCAUCCUCAUUGCCGUGGUGCUGCAGCUGUCCCAGCAGCUGUCCGGCAUCAACGCUGUUUUCUAUUACUCCACAAGCAUCUUCAAGAAGGCGGGGGUGCAGCAGCCCGUGUAUGCCACCAUCGGCUCCGGCAUCGUCAACACAGCCUUUACUGUCGUGUCGCUAUUUGUGGUGGAACGAGCCGGCCGGCGGACCCUGCAUCUCAUUGGCCUGGCCGGCAUGGCAGGCUGUGCAGUGCUCAUGACCAUCGCGCUGGCGCUGCUGGAGCGGCUGCCCUGGAUGUCCUACCUGAGCAUCGUGGCCAUCUUUGGCUUUGUGGCCUUUUUCGAAGUGGGCCCAGGCCCCAUCCCGUGGUUCAUUGUGGCUGAACUCUUCAGCCAGGGCCCUCGUCCUGCUGCCAUUGCCGUUGCCGGCUUCUCCAACUGGACCUCGAAUUUCAUUGUGGGCAUGUGCUUCCAGUAUGUGCAGGAACUGUGCGGACCCUACGUCUUCAUCAUCUUCACCGUGCUCCUGGUUCUGUUCUUCAUCUUCACCUACUUCAAAGUUCCCGAGACAAAAGGCCGGACCUUCGAUGAGAUUGCUUCCGGCUUCCGGCAGGGAGGAGCAAGCCAAAGUGACAAGACACCUGAGGAGCUGUUCCACCCCCUGGGAGCUGAUUCCCAAGUGUGA